CUUGGGCAGUGGGAGCUUCAAAUGGCGGAUCGUCAGUUUGUCGCUUGCCUCCUCUUUCGAUGCCCGAUGCCCGAUGCCGUCCUUGUUUCAUCGGAGCUUCAGUGAGGCCCACACCCCUGAAAAUGACUGGAAAUAUUGAUUUUUUAAGCGCAACAGAACUAGUUAUACAAAUCCAAUGAUUUAUGACUCGGAGACUUUGAUUGGGCAUUGCCGGCUCCUCCUGCAUCGUUAAAAGCUAUGUCUUUUUAUACGGCAUCCAGAUUUACCCUGAAAGAUGCAAUCAGAUUAAUCUUUGGUUAAUCCAUUUGGGGAAUUGAAGCUGAGAUGUAAUAUUUAAUGGAAAUGGGUAGGAGCGGUGUAACCUAUAUAAGUUUUAAGGGGAGGGGAGAAUUAGUUGUGAGAAGCACUGCCGUCAAUGGCAACUUGUUUGGACGCGGUUCGAAACGCAGAAGCACCUUUGAAGAAACAUUUGAGUAUGAGUAUGAUUGGCAUGCGUGAUAAAUCUGGAUCUGAGAAUUCCUCAACUUCUUCUGGGGUGUGUAAGAGCUUCAGUAGCAGUGAAGAAGUGGAGGUGGGACUGGGGAAAGAUCGGGCACUUCAAUUGCACUCAGAGAAACAGAAUGUUAUGAAAAAUGAACCAGGAGGGAGUGUGUCCUUCUUGGGCUAUGCAAAUCAAAACUGGUCUUCUUCUCCUGCUCUCCAAAAUGGAAAUCAUUCCUCUUAUCCUAACCCUAAUGCUAGACCUGUUUGGUUUGAUGAAUCUGGUGGUUUUAGUGUUGGGGAUGAUCCCUCGGAUUGUAAUCUAAAGGGAGCAUGGGUGGAAUCUGUUGUGAAUCAGCUCUCAGAAGCCAUGCCCAGCAACUCUGUGGAGGAAAUUCUGCUCACAAUGCCUGAGACAUUUUCUGCUUCCUCCAAUUCUCAGAUCUCCAACGCAGUUCAGUCCCGCGUUGUGAUGAACAAGGCACAUAAUCCUUGGAAAAGAGCCCGCAAGGAUUUUGAAGGGCAGGAUUGGAGUCAGUAUCAGAGGCAGAGGUUGUCAAAUUCACAUUUUGUUAGGGAUUCUGAAGCUUCCCAAAACAUUGAAAAUGGCAAUCAUGAAUAUAACCUCGUUGAGACCGAGAAUUUUCAGGGCUUCAACAUGGGUUACCAAUAUAAUCCAUGCCCUGCUCGGAAGGACUCAAAUCAAGUUGCAGCAAUCCCCAAAUUCUCCAUGGAAGCCAACAAAUGGUGCCCUGGAAAUGGGUCUUUUGAAGUGCAGUAUCCUCUGCAGCGGCCUCAGUUCCCAACUGCAGAACUCAAAAAUCCAAGGCAGCAGAACAAAUCUUGCAGUGAAUCCGAUGAAGAAGGUUUGCAUCUGCUAUCUCUGUUAUUGAAAUGUGCAGAGGCUGUUUCAGCUGAUGAUUUGGAGGAAGCCAACAUGAUUCUGCCCCAAAUCAGUGAAUUAGCUUCCCCCUAUGGCAGUUCUCUGCAAAGAGUUGCAGCAUAUUUUGCUGAGGGCAUGGGCGGGCGGCUAAUAAAUUCCUGUUUGGGGGUAUGUUCACCAUUGCCUGGGGUUCAAGUAGCUCGCAAUGAUAACAUACUGUCUGCUUUUCAGUCCUUCAACGGCAUCUGCCCUUUUGUGAAAUUCUCCCAUUUUACAUCAAACCAAGCCAUAUUGGAAGCCUUUGAGGGAAAGAGCAGGGUCCACAUCAUAGAUUUUGACAUAAUGCAAGGCCUGCAAUGGCCUGCACUGUUCCAAUUCUUGGCUGCAAGGCCUGGGGGACCUCCUUAUGUGAGGAUCACAGGGCUUGGGACCUCCAUGGAUGCUCUUGAAGCUACUGGGAAGCGCCUCUCAAACUUUGCAAGGACUCUCAGAUUGCCCUUUGAAUACCACCCCGUUGCAGACAGAGUGGGGAAAGUAGACCCUGCUGCCUUGCAUGUAAGGAAGGGGGAUGAUGCUCUUGCAGUCCAUUGGCUUCAUCAUUCUCUCUAUGAUGUCACUGGAUCAGACACCCACACACUAGAACUGUUGCAGAGAUUGGCACCCAAUGUGGUCACCAUUGUAGAGCAAGAGAUGAGCUACGCUGGGUCCUUCCUCAACAGGUUUGUUGAGGCCUUGCAUUAUUACUCUGCAAUGUUUGAUUCCUUGGGUGAAAGCUUCCCUGAUGACAAUCUAGAGCGCCAUGUUGUAGAACAACAGCUUCUUUCCCAUGAGAUCAAGAACAUUCUGGCUGUUGGGGGACCUGCCAGGACAGGAGAAGUUAAAUUUGAGAGCUGGAGAAGCUACCUGCAGCACUCAGAGUUCAGGCAGUUGUCCAUGAGUGGUAAUGCUUUUGCCCAGGCAGAACUCUUGCUCAACAUGUUUCCUUGUGAAGGUUUUUCACUUGUGGAAGAUGCAGGAACUCUCAAGCUUGGCUGGAAGGACCUGUGUCUCUACACUGCCUCCGCUUGGACCUCACUUUUCCAUCCAUAGAAUUCAUUCAUCUGUAAAUCUUCUCUAACUUCAUUAUUACAUCUUAGCAUCUCAUUUUGGCCGGCAAUCGGACCAAUCUUUCUGUCUAAUUGCUCCUGAUUUUGAAAUGAAAUUGGAAUUUAGUUUUAGUUCUCCACUCUAGCCCGAAUUCAAGAAUGGGAUUUUCCACAGCAUAGAGUGUACUCUCCAGGCGAAUGUUUGAAGUUCAUACCCAUAAAUUUUUGAGAAAAAUUUAUAAAUUUUAAGACGGAUAUAUAUUAUCUAUCAAUUUUCCACAGUUCAUCUAGAUUAGAUAAGAUUACAGUU